UUGCCCAGCUACCAGUUCAGAGGAAGCAAAAAGGCUGCUGAUGGGGGAAAGAAGAAGUGAAGUGAGAGCCUGGUGUGGUGCGCAGGCCCGGAAUGAAGUGAGCAGGGGAGGGCUGAGGGCGCACACACAUCCAACUUCCCCUUCUCUCUGUGGACAGGACGGUGGUAGCAGCCCAGCAGCUGGACGGCAGCAACCCCACAGGUCUCCUUGGCCUCAUUUUAUGGACGAGAAACCCUGAAGCAUGGAGAAGUGGACUUAUUGCCCAAUGUCACAGCCCAGGGACUGAAUACUGGAGAUGGUUAUCAAAUUUGCAUCUUCCAAAGGCUCUGGCCUGCACUCUGCAUGUUUCCUCAUCUCUCUAGAUAGAGUCUUACUCAUCCGUAGAGCAACUCAGCCACCCAACCAUCUUGGGGAGGCUGCAGUGCACAGCGUGGGGAGAGCACUUGACUUGGAGCCUGGAGCUCUUGGUUUGAGUUCCAGCUUGACCACUGGCCUGCCGUAACCCCAGGCAAACCCCUGUGCGGUUUCCAGUUUCCCCACGAUCAACUGGAACCAUUUUGGACAUCAGGGUGGGAGCCAGUUCUCGGAAGAGACUGGGCACAGGACAUGGAUUGCUGGGGGACCUUUUUCCUCUGCCUGUGCUUCAUGACUUCUCAGAGUGAGACAGUGGAGACAUCCCAAGAAUCCCUGCUCUGGAUGGAGAAACUGGAGGUGAUGGCCAGAAGCCACAACUCGACUUCUCUUGCUGACCAGCAGAGAAAAGCCAGAAAAGGCUUCCUGAAGGAGGUGUCAACAAAGCUGGACCAGAAAGAGAGCCUCAUCCGGGGCCUGGAGUGCAAGCUGUUGAACGCCAGCUUCAGGGGCAGCAACCUGACCUUGCAGACGCCCACCAUCCAGUCACUGAUCUUCAAGCUGGGCUGCAACUUCGCCGGCCUGUCGCUGAGCAGCGCCACCAUGAAGCGGGUCCCCCAGGUCUCACAUGCCAUGCAGUUCCCGGCCGAGCUGACCCAGGACGCCUGCAGGGACCCCCCCAGGGAGCUGCGUCUCAUCUGCAUCUACUUCUUCACGGACUACUUUUUCCAGAAUACCAACUCAUCUCUGCUCAAUAACUAUGUCUUGGGAGCCCAGCUGGGUCACGGACACGUGAGCAACCUCAGUGAGCCCAUCAACAUCAGCUUCUGGCACAACCAAAGCCUGGAAGGCUACACGGUGACCUGUGUUUUCUGGAAGGAAGGAGCCAGCGAACAUUACUGGGGGCUCUGGAGCCCCGAGGGCUGUCGCACGGAGAAGCCCUCACCUUCCCAGGUGCUCUGCCGCUGCAAUCACCUCAGCUACUUUGCUGUUCUCAUGCAACUGUCCCCAGCCCCGGUCCCAGGAGAGCUGCUGGCGCCUCUCACGUACAUCUCCCUGGUGGGCUGUAGCAUCUCCGUCACGGCCUCGCUUCUCAGUAUCCUGCUGCACUGCCAAGCCAGGAAGCAGGGUGACUCCAUAACACGCAUCCACAUGAACCUGCAUGCCUCCGUGCUGCUCCUGAAUGUCGCCUUCCUGCUGAGUCCUGCGCUGGCCAUGCCCCCCGUGUCUGGGGCAGCGUGCACAGCGCUGGCCGCCAUCCUGCACUUUGCCCUGCUCAGCUGCCUCACCUGGAUGGCCAUCGAAGGCUUCAACCUCUACCUCCUCCUUGGGCGCGUCUACAACAUCUACAUCCGCCGAUACUUGCUCAAGCUCUGUGCGGUGGGCUGGGGAGUCCCGGCCCUCCUGGUACUGUUCCUUCUUGCUGUCAAGAACUCAGUGUAUGGACCCCAUGCCAUUCCACUCUCCGACAGCCAGGGAAAUGGCACAGGCUUCCAGAACAUGUCCAUGUUUCUUCCUCUUCCUGUGGUUCUGCUCCCAGAGGUGCCGCUCCGAGGCAGAGGUGGAGGCGGAGAUGGAGGCAUUCAGCUCCUCCCAGACGAUGCAGUAGGCUGGGUCUCCUCGCCUAGAAGCCGUGGCCUCUCUGGCCGCCUGCAGCCCCAGACUCCGGCCUCCCCCAGAGAAGCUGGCAGGCCAGCUGCUGGGCACCAGAGGCCACUGAGGCCUCCAGGCAGGCUUCUCGACCUCCAUGGCUUCCCCAGGCCCAGAGCGCAGGGUGUUGCUCUGCCUCCCCUCUCUUCGUGGGGAUAGGAUGGCAGAACCUCUUUCCCCUCCACCUGAGCCAGCUGGGCCCGUGGCCUGGCCAUAUGAUAAUUGGGUAGGUUUGAAUUGGCCCUGGUAGGUGUGAGGGUAUGGACGAGGUUCAGGAGCCCGUUCAUAGGCCCAGACACUGGGGUCUCCCCACCUACCUCCCUGCCCCCCACUCCCCGGCCUGGGGAGCCACGCCAACCCUGGCACUUCACCCCUCACCUGCAGAUGCUGGGUGCAGAACUCCUGGGUGCACAACAUCUUGGUCAUGGGCUAUGGUGGCCUCACGUCCCUUUUUAACCUGGUGGUGCUGGUCUGGGCGCUGCGGGUCUUGCACCGUCAAGCUCAGACUCCCGUUAUAGAGAAUCACCAUUGCCCUUGACCUCUCUGUCUUACCCAGAGGGAGAAGGCUCCCGAAGCCAGCUCCAUUCCCAGGCUGCACACCAGGGGGAGCUGUGGGCCUAUGCUCGGAAGCCAUUGGCUCCCAAAUCUGAUCUGGAAAUACUGUCACCUGUCCGGGGACGUGACACCAGAUGGAGGGGCCCUGCUUCCAGGACUGCUCCUGCUGAGUGACGGAAGAAAGGAUUCCAGCCCUGUUUAAACAGCCAUUUUUCUCUUCCCGACACAGCUCUUCGCUCUGGCUCUUGGGGUCUUGGGCAUAUGCGGUACUAGAGGGGGUGGGCGCGGGGAGGCUCUCGGGGCCCGGCUCCAGGCCGCCAGACAGGUAACAAUGACUCUGGAUGGCACGGUGAGGGUACUGGAGCUGGAUCCCUUUUCUCCUGGGGGAAUCCUCUGCCUUCUGUUCAUUUCCUGAUGCAGAGAGCCCUUUGCCUGCUGGUAAGGGCUGUAGGCUCUGGAGCUAGACUGCCUGGGCCCAGAUGGCCUUGCCACUUGCUAGCUAUAUGACUGGCCAAGCCACUCAAGCUCUCUGUGCCUUAGUCUUCCCAUCUGUAAAAUAGGGGCAGUCAUGGUGCCUAUUUUGAAGAUGAAAAAAAGAAUCCUUAGAAAGAGGCUUAGCAAGUAGAAAGUGCUCAAUAAAUAAUUAUUAUUGUUAUCA